AUGGCGUCGCGACAGGCUUUUGAGGAAGUUGCUCAAGCGACUGACGAAGUUCUAGGUAAAAUCGAAAAAAAGCCUGUUGCUCAACAAAUUCUAAUUGGAGCUGCUUCUGGAUUGUUGACGGGCUAUGUUCUGUCGAAAAUCGGCAAGAGUGUUGCUUUUUGUAUUGGUGUCACUGCAGUUGGUGCACAGUUUUUUGUGAACCGAAGAAAGUCUAAAACGGAUUGGAAACAAGUUGAAUCCGAUGCUCGUGAAGCUCUUAAUCGAGUUCUACCUACGAAUAAGCGGGAUUACGCUAUUCGUCAAAAGGUUGGAGCUAUUUUAAAAGAAAAUCAAAUUUUUUUCGGUUCCUUUGGAGGAGGAUUUCUCAUCGGUGUUUCUUUUGCGUAA